CACACAUUACACUACGCUACGUAUUUUUUAUCGAGAGAAGACAGACCACACCGCCAUUGUUAGCUGAUUUCAUCUUUGCCGCUUACCUUCGCUUCCUUCGCUACAUAUAUAUAUAUAUAUAUGUAUCAUUGAUACCUUGCGAUAUCAGCAUCCUUACUGGACGGACGGACGGAGAGAAGGAGAGAGCUUAUCUAUCUAUGGAAAAUCCAGAACAGAGCCGCGAGGACGAAUGGAUCGAGCGAGUGAAAUCGAAAGGCUCGGUUCCAUAUAUCGAUCCAGAACACUGCCCUGAUUCAAACUGCUGGAUAUCCCCUCCAGCAAACAUAUUCAUGGUUAGAGGAUCACAGUAUCAGAAAACAAAGGAGAAGAUCCCCGGCGAUGACUAUCUCCUUAAGCCUCUCGGCUUCGACUGGAUUAAAGGGCCGGCGAAGAUUUCAGAGCUGCUGAAAAAUCCCAAAAACCACAUCCGAAGAGCCCUCGACGAAACCAAAAGUCGGCAACACCGCAAGCCUUUCGUGUGGGCCUUUAAUUUUCAGCUCCCGACUAGCGACAACAACAGCAUCGUCAUGUAUUUUGUCGACACGGAUGGCAGAAAGAGCAACGAAAAUCCUCUGAUCAAGAAGUUCCUAAACGGAGACGAUGGAUUCAAGAACUCGAGACUGAAGUUAAUGGUGAACAUCGUGAAAGGACCGUGGGCUGUGAAAAAAGCAGUCGCGAGGCAGGCGAUCUGCCUCAUCGGGAAAUGGCUUACGUGCAAGUAUUAUCGUGGCGAAGAUUUUAUUGAAGUCGAUAUGGAUGUUGGAUCUUCGAUGUUUUCGACAGCCAUUGUUCGUCUGGCCUUCGGAUACUUUGCAACCAUGACCGUUGAUAUGGCUUAUGUGAUCGAGGGUCAGGAUGCAGCGGAGCUGCCGGAGCAGAUGCUCGGAGCCGUUAGAUUUUCCGGGAUCGAUCCUGCUGCUGCGAAGCCGGUCGAAUUGCCCUCCCAAGGAGCGGCUAUUGAGCAAUGAUUGGUAAGUUAAUCGUAUCUUUUCAUUGGAAUAAAAUUUUUAGGUGAAAUGAUUAUGGUAACAUUUAUAUUGAAAGAAUUAAAUGAUAAUAAAUGUAAAAUAA